ACAAAGCCGCUCAAGGGUGUCAAAGGCCAGUGGCUGUCAAAGCUGAAGGGCUGGAUUUUAACGAGCGAACCAUCUGCCCAAGCGUUGAAGCAGCAGAAGAAGGUGGUUUAUGAAAAGGCGGGUAUCUCGCCCAGAGAUCCAGAUGCUAGCGCCAAGCUUGAUGUGUAUGCAACCACCAUACCUGACGAUGCCAUCAGGCCGGCAUCAGGGCCAGAUCCAGACAGUUUGGCAAGGAAGAGAGCCAAAGAAAGG